CUCGGAAGCGUGAUCGUAUCGUGCUUAUAAAAACGGGUGAAGUUAUCGAGUGAUCAUCAAGUCAAAUUGUCUCGUCGACGGAGCUAGAGUACGUCGUUGUAGGUUGUGCAUUCUGGAUUCCCAAAGCUGACAAAUUUGUGGAUAUUUCUCCUUUCAACUGGAUUUUGUAGGGAAGUUAAAACAUGGAAACUAGAGCGUCAACUUGCAUGUGUGUCGUGGUAUGCGUUGCUGCGUUACUGUCCAUUGCAGCCGCUGCUGGCUGGGAUUACCUAGAUGGUGCAAAAGGGCCUAGUACUUGGGCGACAAACUAUGAAACAUGUGGGGGCAUGAAGCAGUCGCCGAUUGACAUUGUAACAUCCAAGGUGGUGGAUGAAGACUUGGGCGACUUCACUUUUGUCGGUUUCGGAGAAGAUGAUGAACCGGUCGAUGCAGAGAUGACGCUGGAAAACAACGGCCAUUCAAUUGUAGUUGGUGUCACCGGAGAUUAUCAAGUGAGUGGCGCUGGGCUAGGCACCACCGCCUACAAAGUGGUCCAGUUUCAUUUCCACUGGGGCAGCGUGAACAGCCAAGGUUCUGAACACACCAUCGAUGGGAAGGCUUACCCAGGGGAGCUGCACGUCGUUUGCUUCAACACAAAAUACGCAGAUUUCGUGACUGCUUUGAAUGAACCCGAUGGGCUUACUGUUCUGGGAUUCUUCUUAGACGUUCAAGCAGCGGACAACUCUGUUCUUGCACCACUCUUUGACCUGCUAUCCAUGAUCCGGUUUGAACAUGAAGAAGAGGAUCUUUCAACGCCGGUUGUCUUCAAGAACUUCUUCCCGGCUGACCUGUCCUCAUACUAUCGCUACAGUGGCUCCCUGACCACGCCCCCUUGCUACGAGAUUGUCACAUGGAAUGUCUUCACCGAGCCCAUUAUGGUUUCAGAGGCACAGCUGAUGUUGUUCCGUAGGCAGUUCGCCAACGAACAAGACGCGCCAGCCAACAUCAGCCUAGUGGACACCUUCCGCCCUGUCGAGCCCGUCAACGAUCGCACCAUCUACAUGAACAGCGGCACCGCCGCCCUAGUCGCAUCGUAUUCCCUGAUCGCCAUGGUACUCGUCAAGGUACUGGCUUCAGUUUUGGAGGACUAAAGACUAAAAAAAACUUCCCGGCCAUUUUUCCAAGGUGCACACAUCUUACCCAGGCUCAAGUUGGAUCAAGUUACACGUAUAUUACAUAUUUCCAGCUUUUGUGAUGCAAAAUAUAGUAAUUAAUACCAAAAAACAAUUAGUGGUGUAAAUGUUUGUGGUGUUUUCGUAGGGGUAAAAAUCAGGACAGAAAAUUUGAUAUUUUUGAUUGCUUAACAGGAACUUCUAUUCGUUUAGAAAACAGUACUACAUGUAUGUGUGUACAUAUUAUUCACUACACAGUUCAAGGAGAUAUUUUCUAUAUUUGCUUUAAAUAAAAUAUCAGUACAUAUGCAACAAGUAAAAUAUCAGUACAAAACAAGUAUAACCUGAGGAGAUAGUUUGACGUUAUUUGAAACAUUUGGGUACUGGUGGUGGAAAAAUAUGUAAUUUGGUCCAAAAUAUUGUAAUUUUUUUUCAGAAUUAUAUCUAUUAGUAUCUAUGCAUUAAUUAACCCUAACUCCCUAGCAUGAUUUACUAGGAACCAUACCCAUUCUUGCAAAUUCCAACACCAUAUGGGAAACUGUACACACAUAUUUCUGACUUUGAUUCUGGAGGUGUGCCAACCCAAUGUAAAAGACUGUCAGUUUAGGGGUACUGUACCCAUCCUGACAGAUUCCAACAAAACAUGCCGUUGGGGUUUGAUGGGUUGACGGUUGAGUUCUGUUAGGGAUAGCCCUAACAGUCCUGAAUCCUCCAAUUUCAAUACGAUUUUGCACACCCCCUAGGGAGUUAAGGCAUCUAAGGGCUUUUGACUUUUGGUAUCAUGUAGUGUGCUUGGUUUAUUCAACAGUAACAUAUUUCGUUGAUUGUUUUAUUUCCAAAUAUCAAACAGGUUUUGUGUUUUGGUUACGAAGAAGAAACGUUUUGAGAAGUGACUUAAGUUUCUAAUAAAAAGCAAUAUUUUGUUUUGGGUUCUUUGGAAGGAUUCUAAAUAACAGAAAAGGCUUAACCUUGAUAGGUUUAUACACUACAGGGACAUGCAAACAAUUUAUGAGUUUUGUUCAGUUUUUUUUCCCCAUUUCAGUAGCACCAAUUAUGAUGAAACAAACCACUUACAGGUCUGAAAAUAUAUAUUCAUUUAUUUUGUGAGAUUGCUCUUCCAUGUUAUUCCAACAAAAAAAAUUGUUGUAUGAGUGGAUUAAUUGAUACAAUCCAAAACAAAAGUUUGCUGAUUUGGUGUUGUAUCAUUUAUGUUAACUGUUCUGAAUUAUGACGAUUCUCGGAUUUAAGUGUAUCUUUACAAGUUUUUGAUGUAUGUAGUUUUUUCCUGUUAAGAUCUGUUUUUGGUACAAAAAUGUUUAGUCCUGGACGAGUAGUGAUUAUUAAACUCGAGUACUCGAAAAGAAAUUACUCACGAGUAGUCAAGUACUUGUACUUACCAGCGGUAAAAAUGUUGUAGUUGAUAUCAAAUAGAUAAAUGACUUGCAAACUCUAUGCUGAGUAUUAUAAUACGUGUAUGCAUGUAUGUAACAGAUUGGGAAAUGUUCUUUUGUUUCAAUCCCUAUGAACGUUGCAUUUGCAUGUAUUCACGGCAAGGAAUGAGCAACGAAAAAUGUAUGCACUUCGUGCACAAGUGCGCCCUCAACGGUUACCAAGGGCAAGUUGGGGGAGACCACUGGGACGGAGGGACAUUGCUCACGACGCCCGACACUCACUGGAAGACACUGUGGAUUUUGUGCGCAUUCGCAAUCAAAUUAGUCGUGCACUCUUCGUUCAUACGUGCGCAAACAAGUAUUUUUUGUCCGCUCUUGCCCCGCCCUCUUUUCAUAUUACACAAUCAUUCGCACAAUUCAAAUUUAACUAUCCUUUUUUCUUUUAAAUAUAAAAAAACUUGGGUUCGUAGCAUGCGGUUUGGACUAGUUUUCUUGUUUGAGUUUAAACCAAAGUUUUAAAAAAAAUACAAAUUAACAUUAACUUUCUUAAUACCCUUUCCUUUUCUACAUAACAAUCCUUUGAAAUUGUUUUUGUUGUUGUUGUAACAGUAUAAAUUGGACAUGUGAUUUGGACUUGAGUUUUUGCAGAACAGAUGACAAUCAUUUAUAUUGUAAAUUUGUGUGGUGUAUGAAAUAUUUAUGUUGUUUUGGGAUAUUUUGUGUUGAUAGUUUAAAGGACAAUAAAACAGUUGUUACUUGCAAA